AUGGGAACUAGCAGUGGUAGUGGUAGUGGUGGUUACGGUGGUUACGGUGGUUACGGUGGUGUGAGGUGUAUACAAGACAACCUAAAUGGAGAAAUUGUAUUCUUCAAAAGAGGUCAUUUUCUCGGUCGAUUGAUCGUAUCUUUUUACUCAAUUUUGGUCUUUUUUCAGUAUUGUCAUGGUUAUUGGACAAAUAGAAAUAAGUAUGAUAAAGAUGUAAUGAAGGAUCUUCGCACCAAAUAUAGUUAUGACGGACCAGUGCACCAGCUCAAUUUUUUUUUGAAAUUUUGGUGUGGUAACUUGGGCGCCACUCCAAAAGAUAAAAUAAAAUGA